AAAACGUCUGCACAUUCAUUCUACCUGUGCAGACGGGAGACUCCGGUGCACAGAAAUGGUGUCUAAUACAGGGCAAAUGGGCUACCUGCCAAGCGGAGGUGCGAUAUUCUGCACCAUACCCGACAUUCUAUACCUGCCAGAGCUUGUCUUUGGCGGACUGGUGUGGUGCCUGAUAGCAUCUACGUACAUAUUACCUUACAACCCCCAGGCAUAUGUGAUUGCUGUGUCCAUUUUUUGCUUUGUCAUGACCUUCCUCUGGAUGAUGAUAUUCGCCUGUGGGUCACAUCAUAACAAAAGCUCUUGGGCAGGCGCGGAUGUAGCAUACCAUGGAUUUGCAGCAUUCCUCUAUCUCAGUGUGUCUGUGCUUCUAGCUUUGUUAACCAUUGGCUUCGGUCUAAUAGAGGGAGGCAAAGAUACGCUUAUUUACAAGCUGGAUGUAGCUGCUGUGGUGUUUUCCUUUUUCACGACUCUACUGUAUUUCAUCCACACCAUUUUCUCAGCCAUCAGAUGGAAAUCCUUCUAAAAUGUCAACGCUCAAGUUGUUUUAAACAUCUUGUAGACGUCAGACAUGAUAGAUGCCUCCUUAAAGAAUGAUUGAUUGUCGAGUCUUUGUCAUCCUAUUAUUUGUUCAAACUAUGUAUUUGUAUUUAAACUGACUUGUUGCUGAUAUUUCUUUUGUAAACUAUUCUUGCCUCAGGUAUAAAUUAUAUGCAAUUUUGAUCGAUAUAAAAAGGAAAAUAAUUAGUCUGUACAGUGUGUUUUCUCAGCUUGGCGCUGGACGAGUAUAAACAGAGCUUUGCUGCUCUGACUCAAAUGACAUCAUUGCCUCAAUGUUUUCCAGGGGUUUUUGGAGAACCCCUGUUCACACCACAAGCCACAAUCUAUUAAGGGAGAAAAGCAUGCUAACAUCAUUGACAUACUAUUUACAGUAAAUGCAGUUGUGUGUUUGAUUUUGGCAAUUAAAUGAAUUUCUACCUUACGUUAUAUGAAUAAAGCUGGUGCACCCUUCUCUUAAAAGGUUUGAUAUGCAAGUAUGGGUGCGGGUAGGAUCCAAGAAGUGUGAGUUCACUCUUGUCUCUGACCAGGAACAAUGGGGUCAAGUCAAGUCAUUAUUAUUUGUAUAGAGCUUUUCACAACACACAUCUUUUCAAAGCAGCUUUACAGGAAAUCAUGCAUUGAAAAAUAAAUAAAAAUGAAACUAUA